CGAGCUCUCUGGCUUCGCCUUCUCCAGCAGCGACUCAUUACUCCGAAUUAUAGCCGUCUGGUUAUAAUAUACCUGCAUUUGUGAUCUUGCUGGACUGAGGACAUCCUUGUCUGCUUGGCUUUCCACCUUGUUAACAAGUCAUCUCUAUCCAAUAAUGGAUCAUCUUGAGCUCAACAUUCGACAGCUCACUCUGUCUGACCUCGCCGAGAGUAUUGGAGAGGUCAAGGGCGAAGGUGCCGAUGCGGACGACGUCGUGUCUGCCAUUGACCUUAUCACAUCAAGAGUUGAGACCCGACAGCUUUCCAAGGCUUCUGACGAGCAAGAUAACCUCCCUGACGGCUAUUCUCUCAACGGGGACUCCCACGAAAACGGUGAAGCGGUAGCAGAAGAGAGGGUAUUCAUGUCGAACUCGCGGGUGCAAUGCAACAUUGGUUUUGCAGAGCUUGCCAUUAACAUGCCACACUCGCACGUCAAAGACACAGUCCCUGUCCUCGUCGAUAUCCUGCGUGAUGUCCCAUACAUUGAUUUUGACCGCUGCCUCUCGUGGGAUGAAUGGGCUAUGCCUGAUCAGCUGGUCUCUACCACCGUGACUGCUCUGCUUAAGAUCGCAAGUGCUCAUCCUGAGUAUAGACAAGUUACUUUCGACGCCAUCACGAACCUUGUGAAGGAGAUUGUCCCUAGAUUCCAGACUGAAGACUCCUUUGACGUCCUGUCCCAAUACGCUCCUGCUUUUCACGGACUAUACAGAGCUGUCAUCUCUAUUCCCUUCGACUGGUCUCCCGAGGAAUGGCGUUCUCUCGCCGAACCCCUCAACCAGCUCUUCUUGCCAGACACCAUUGAGCGCCUCAACAAGCUCCCUAUCGAGGCUCUGAGUGGAUCCGGCGAGGAUGUGGAGAAGAUCACCUACGUUCAAACCCUCGUCUCUCGGUACAUCUCUUGCGGCCGUCCCCUCACCGGUUACUUCAUCGUUUGCUGCGUCAUUGAGGCGAAAUGGACGAUUCUCGCGCAGGCUAUGAGCCGGACGUACUCGACAAAGGACAUCGACGUGGCCCCCGCGCCGCAAGAGGCCGCAGCGGCCAACAUUGCCUGGCAGAAGUUGUUGAAGUAUCAUGAACCAGGAAACGGCUUCACAGAAGAGAGUCAGAGGGUCCUUUUGCGAACGACUAUGCGGAACGUUUUGCACAUCUUCGCCACGCUGCUUGUACUGAUUCAGGAGAUGGACUCGGAUCCGGCCGAUGAUAGCUACGCAUGGGAGACCAUGUCUGAAAGUCUGAAACUUGCAGCCGUGUGCUGUGCCGCUCUGGACGAGUUGGAUCCAGGUCUCUAUGAACGCUUGAAGACACUUCUCAGUUCGGAGUCCCCCAUUGUCGACAGCAUGGUUCAGGAGGCUGCGCUAAAGUCGACCUCUAUCCUCGUCCGGUGCUUCCCAGACAUUGCCGCCCCUAUGGCCAACCACCUGCGACGCUUCGUCACCUCACCGCUGUCGAUUUUCGAAUUUGAGUUCGCGUCCACUGCGCGUACGCCAUCGUCUCUAUUGGCCGCUGCAAGAUGUCUUUCACUCUGCAUCGACCUUGCUCCGGGAGACGACCUCAUCAUGUCUUACAUGUACUCUCUGUUGAAUUACAUUGCAGCGACCAGCAAGGAUAUCUUCGAGACAUCAAGCAUCAUUAUGAACCUUGCGGACGUUCCCGACCUGUCCACUUUGCACUCUGUCGAGACCGGGUUGAGAGGCCUGUCGGAGGACGAGAAGCGUACGGUCGGCAUCAGCACAAUCUCAGUUGCAUCGCGCCUCGCACUCGAGAACAAGAACGAGGAGGUUACCCGUUUGACCAUCUCGAUGCUGCUACAACGGAUGCGAGCCGCGGAGCCAACGGUGGAGGCCGCGAUUGCGUACAAUCUCGUUGACUUGGCCCUCAUUGCGCCUCAGAGCGCUUUCGUCGAUAUCAUACGUGCCUUCUCUUCAAUCAAUCGAUCCGCAAACCUCGAUGACACAAGGUUCUCAAACAAUAUGGUUCUUGCAGCACAGACGAGACUCGCGAAAGAGCUGAGGGGCCGCCCAGAGCUUUACCAGCUCUAUCUGACAGAGCUACUGACCCUGUUUGCGGACAAGGGCGUCGCCAUCCAGAACGCUGCCAUAUCAAAUCACCAUGCUAAGCUAGAGGAGAUGUCGGAGCAGCUCGCUUCCCUUCUUCUGCCCAUCGACGCCCUCCUCAGCCACGAAGACUUCGAGAUUGGCCCAGACGCCUCGUACAAUGUCGUCACGCUCUUCCGCAACAUGUGGUUCCUCUGCGCCCUCUUCGGCUUCACAGCCCCAGCGACCCGUACACCCACCGCGAUGGAGUGGCGCCAGCCCGCGCUCGCGCGCAUUGCCACGCGCACUCCGCCAAUCGUCCUUGAGGAGGCGCAUGACACGAUCGUAAGCGACCUCGAGUACAACACAGUCAUUCGGCAAGAGUAUGUCGAAACCGUCAUCGCCAAGCCCCGGGCGCUGCUCACAAAGCAUAUCCCGCUCCGUGCGAGCGAAGUGCGCUACCUCCUGCCAGGGCAGGUGCUCUUCCUCCUCGCCAUGCACGACGUUGAGAGCAUGCGGGCCGCCGCCGGCUGCCCAUCGUCACUCGUCACGUACUUCGUCAACAAGGGCAUCAACAAGAACACCGGCCUGUUGCAGUGCAUGGAGGCUGUUGCAGAGAAGGUCAUCAGGGGCGCGAUCUCUGACCUGAACGGCCAGGCGGCGAAGCAGGCGCUGCCGAGUGGAUUGUCGAUGGAGCUCCGCGCGCUGCUUGUGGCGAGCACGCAUCGGAUCCUCAAGGCGCGGGAGAUCGCUGCGCGGUACUUGAACAGGCUGAUCACGUCGUUCCCUUCUCUCAUGUGCGACCCGCCGUUGGUGUUCGCAAUCCUUGAGGUAUUGACGCUGCUGCGCCGCGCAACGGAGAACGAAUUCUUGGAUGAGGACAACCCGACAUACACCUACUACUCCGACCGUGCAGACUUCACGCUCCAGCUUACCGAUAACUACGAGGCGCGGAACCAGAUGCUUUCCCAGCUUCAGCGGGAAGCGAGCACGUGGUUCGAGCUUGCGCUCAGCAGAGCUCCCAUUGAGCUGCACUCGACACUUCAGAAAUACCUGGCGACGGUCCCGAACUCGUCGCUCAUGGAGUCCUGCGAGCUCGGAGCGUCAAUCGCCCUCAAUUGGGCGAAGGCAAUCGGUCCGAUCGAAAGAAAGCUUGCGUCCCUGUCCUCUAUGUCAAUCUUCAAACCCGACCGCGCGAAGACCCUAGCAAACCAGCUAGCGUCUAAGGGAUACUACACGGGCGAAGCAGCGGGCUUUAAGUUUGGUCGUGCUAGCGGACUGGAUGGAUUGGAUGAUCCGUUGUCCUUCGUGCCGAAGCGAGAGAUCACGCUGCUCAAGAAGCGGAUUGCGGAUGCUAUCACCUCGAUCCGAGACAAGACGAAUACAUUGACGGUCGCGGAUCUCAAGCGCCUCCUGUUCCGUGCUGCAUCGACUCUCAUUUUCCUCGAAGAGUGGGACCACGAUUUGGCACACUACCUUGUGGCUCUACCAUUCGAAGCAUUUACCCAGGCCUCCAUCUCUGCCGGCAUCGAGUGCUGGUCCUGGGUAAUUGCAGAGAAACCCACUUUUGAGGUCACUCUCAUGUCGGAAAUCGCCGCAGCUUGGGAUGCCAGCAUCAAACAUGGUAAAGGCAUGUUUUCCAAGAGCCAGAAUUACGUUGAUCCGUUUUUGCAGGAAGUACAGUACAGCCCGACAGACAAAGCUACCAUAGACCGCCUCACAAGAACCGCUGCAAGACUGAUCACUCCUCACGGGCUCAUCCUCCAGCUUCUGUUCAGCAGGUUGCAAGCUGCGAGGUAUCGGAGACCUGGAUUGAUGCUGCUAUUUCAACGGCUAGCCCUUUCCUCCGCUCGCGCGCACGAGACCAUGUCAACGCAUCCCCUGGCUCGCGAAGCUCGCUUCUCAUUCCUACUCUUCGGGUUCGAAGUACUCAAGAGCUCAUUUCUUGACGUCUUCUGUGAACACCAGCUGCGAACCAGUCUCUAUAACGCAGCCUAUUCUUGGUUCGCCGUGCGGCCACAAUGGUCGUAUGGCUCGAAUCGAGUGCAGGUCGACGCAGAUAUCAAGUUGUUGUCUGAGUUUCUAUCCUAUCUGCAAGCAGACUCGAUCAGGGGUUAUGCGCCCAUUUCGAGCCUUGCGCCAACGCAUGCCCCAACUCAGGCUCCUUACUAUAUCGCCGCUCUCAAGAAUCUAGGACUGCCUCUCAGGCUUCUGGUUGAGAAUGAAGUAUUCCGCUUGACUGUCUGGGGCAAUCCCGUCAACGAUACAAAGCGGGGACAGGACCACAUAUGUCUUGUAGAGAAAACGAUGCUAGACAACGCUUGGACAGCUGCCAUCCGCAGAACUUGGAACAUCGACCCUGCUAUCGCCGUCUACAUGGCUGAGCGAUUCAGUCAGCCAGCAGUGCAGACUGCCGUUAGUAGCCUAGUGCGGUCGAAUACUCGAGACGUUCUGGACGUUCCCGAAGGCCUUCACUUCCUUGUAACCGAAAGCCUUGGCGCGAGUGUUCAACGCGAUCUAAGGUACCUACUCCUCUGGGCCCCUGUUCCUCCAGUGCUCGCUAUCACCUUCUUCGAACGCCGCUACAACAACCAUCCUCAGUUGUUACAAUAUGCUCAUCGGGUACUGGAGCAACAUCCCGUGGACUUGACGUUCUUCUUCGUUCCGCAAGUCGUACAGGCCCUUCGAUACGAUGAUCUGGGCUACGUCGCACGCUUCAUCUUUGAGACCGCAAAAAUCUCGCAACUUUUUUGUCAUCAGAUCAUUUGGAACAUGAAGGCCAACUGCUAUAGGGAUGACGCUGGGGAACAAGAGGACCCGAUGAAACCUACUCUGGACCGGAUGACUGAUAUGGUUGUCGACUCGCUGUCGGGCGAGGCGCGUGCGUUCUACGAUCGCGAAUUCGGCUUUUUCAACGAAGUUACCUCUAUCUCGGGCAAGCUCAAGCCCUUCAUCAAGAGGACGAAGCCGGAGAAGAAGGCAAAGAUCGACGAGGAAAUGGCUAAGAUCGUAGUCCAAGUCGGUGUAUACCUUCCGAGCAAUCCGGACGGCAAGGUCAUCGACAUCGAUAAGAAGUCCGGACGACCGCUCCAAAGUCACGCGAAGGCGCCCUUCAUGGCUACCUUCAAGGUGCGCAAGGAGCGACUGGUCGUCAAGGGCUCUUCCGACAAUAUUCUGGAUGCGGAUACCCAAGGCCAGGAGGAGACCGAGGAGUAUGACAUCUGGCAGCAGGCUAUUUUCAAAGUCGGAGACGACUGUCGUCAAGACGUUCUCGCUCUCCAGGUCAUAGCGAUGUUCAAGAACAUAUUCACGAGUGUUGGACUGACCCUCUACGUCUACCCUUACCGCGUGACGGCCACUGCUCCUGGUUGUGGUGUCAUUGAUGUGGUGCCUAAUGCAACAUCUCGUGAUGAGAUGGGUCGAGCGAAGGUCAAUGAUCUCCUCGAUUUCUUCGUCGCCAAAUACGGCGGAGAGGACACGGUGGAGUUUCAGAAAGCUCGCCUGAAUUUCAUUCAAUCCAUGGCGGCCUAUUCUGUGGUGUGCUACAUCCUGCAGGUCAAGGAUCGCCACAACGGGAACAUCAUGAUCGACGGAGAGGGCCAUAUCGUCCACAUUGAUUUUGGCUUUCUAUUUGACAUAGGUCCUGGAGGUGUCAAAUUUGAGCCGAACUCUUUCAAGCUCACGCACGAGAUGGUUGUCCUCAUGGGCGGACGGACCUCGCAAGGUUACCAACUCUUCCAACAGUUGACAGUGAAGGCGUUCUUAGCUAUACGGCCGCAUGCCGAUCAGCUUGUCAGCACGGUACAGCUGAUGCUUGACACUUGCCUUCCAUCCUUCAAGGGGGAGCCCACGAUCCGUAGGCUCAAGGAGCGUUUCGCGCUGCACUUGAAUGAGCGUCAAGCAGCGGAGUACAUGAUGUCUAUUGUGAGGAACGCGUACGAGAACGUGCGGAGCACUGUGUAUGACGAAUUCCAGAGGCUCCAAAAUGGCAUACCAUACAAGUAGGCGAGAUGUGUUGCGAUGGGCUCCGAGAAAUUGUCUUGUUCAUGUUUAUUGGUAGUAGCAGUAUAUAUCUCAUAGGUCUCAGGGA